AAAAAAAAUAUAAAAAAAGAAAAAGAAAAAUAAAAAUAAAAUAAAGAUCGCCGAUUCGCCGGUGAGCUUUGGGAAAUGGGAUGCACUAUAAAAAUUAUCAACUGUAUAAAUUCUCGUCUAACCGGAACCAAAUCGGAAAUGGCGAUCACAAGAUCUGUAGAACAGUGAAAACAACAAGCGACCCACUCCAGAACUACCGUCUCAACAACAACAAUUACGACCCAUUAUCGACUUCUUGGGGCCUAAAACAUCAGUGGAGAACGACCCACCUUCCAACAUUUUACUCAAUCUUCAAGCAAAGAUGUGCUAGCCUCUCGUUUCUGCAUCUGAUCACGCUUGUGUAUUCGUGGUUUUAACAGGGAUCUUUAAUGGAGGAUUUGGAGGGAAUCAAGCCCGGCCAGGUGUUCUUUUUGCUGGGGGUGAUUCCAAUUUUUGUUGCUUGGGUAUAUUCAGAGUUUCUAGAGUAUCAGAAGUCUCCACCUCUUUCUAAAGUACAUUCAGACAAUAAUCUUGUUGAAUUGGCUGAGGAGAAAGGAGAUAAAGCUAAAGAUGAUGAGGCUGCUCUGCUGGAAGGAGGCCUUGCAAGAUCAGCCUCUGCAAAGUUUCAUAGUUCAUCAAUUAAAACAAACUUAAUUAGGUUUAUGACAUUGGAUGAGUCCUUCUUGCUGGAAAACCGGGCUACAUUGAGAGCAAUGUCUGAAUUUGGGGCAAUUCUUGUCUAUUUCUACAUGUGUGACCGAACAAAUAUACUCGGAGAUUCUAAGAAGAAUUACAAUCGGGAUCUCUUCCUCUUUCUCUAUAUCCUCCUCAUCAUUGUUUCUGCAAUGACGUCUUUGAAGAAACACAAUGAUAAAUCAGCAUUUUCUGGAAAGGCAACUCUUUACCUAAAUCGGCAUCAAACAGAGGAAUGGAAAGGGUGGAUGCAGGUUCUAUUUUUAAUGUACCAUUAUUUUGCUGCGACGGAAAUUUAUAACGCUAUACGGGUAUUUAUUGCUGCUUAUGUGUGGAUGACUGGAUUUGGAAACUUCUCCUACUAUUAUAUUAGAAAGGAUUUUAGCUUGGCACGCUUUGCUCAGAUGAUGUGGCGGCUAAAUUUCUUUGUUGCUUUUUGCUGCAUUGUUCUUAACAAUGACUACAUGCUGUACUACAUCUGUCCAAUGCAUACACUUUUUACUCUCAUGGUGUAUGGAGCUCUUGGAAUCUUUAACAAGUACAAUGAGAUAAGAUCAGUGAUGAUUGCAAAGAUUCUUGCUUGCUUCCUUGUGGUUAUUGCGGUUUGGGAAAUUCCUGGAGUUUUUGAAAUAAUCUGGAGUCCAUUUACGUUCCUUUUAGGUUAUACAGACCCGGCAAAAGUUGAUCUCCCCAGACUGCAUGAGUGGCAUUUUAGAUCUGGUCUAGAUCGCUAUAUAUGGAUCAUCGGCAUGAUAUAUGCAUACAAUCACCCCAAUGUUGAAAAAUGGAUGGAGAGAUUGGAAGAAGCUGAAACAAGGAAGAGAAUUUCGAUCAAGACAAGCAUUGUUACUGUUUCUGUAAUAGCUGGUUAUAUGUGGUACGAGUACAUUUACAAGCUGGACAAGGUCACUUACAACAAAUAUCAUCCCUACACAUCAUGGAUUCCCAUAACUGUUUACAUUUGCUUGCGAAACUUUACUCAGCAAUUGCGAAGCUACUCUUUGACCCUCUUUGCGUGGCUUGGCAAGAUAACAUUGGAGACGUAUAUUUCACAGUUCCAUAUAUGGUUAAGGUCGAAUGUGUCUAAUGGACAGCCAAAGUGGCUUCUCUCAAUCAUUCCAGAAUACCCGAUGCUCAAUUUCAUGCUUACAACUGCUAUCUAUGUCAUAGUCUCCCUCCGGAUUUUUGAGUUAACCAAUACACUAAAGACAACUUUUGUACCUACAAAAGAUAAUAGACGGUUGUUGCAUAAUUUCCUUGCUGGAGCUGCAAUUUCUGUAUGUUUGUAUUGCAUCUCGUUGGUUGUUCUUCUCAUCCCUCAUUAAAUGUUUUGCAGGCCAAACUAGUGAAUGAAGACUGAAGACAUAUAGAAAGGAAUUAUAUUGAAUUUUUGCUUUUCGACUAAAAGGGAAGACUUAUUGGAGGGAAACCGCUAUUGCUUUCAGAUAGAAUUAUGAAAACAAGAAGUCUGGUGAUUGAGGGGGAAAAAACCCUCAGUUGCUUCCAAGGUGGAUGAGUUAGUUGCCAAUUGUGUCUCCCUGGAGUUUCGUAGAGCCCUUUAAUUUUACAGGAAAAAAUUUUGUAAUAUUGUCAUCAUGUAUCAUUUCAUUCUUUUGUUAUCCCAUCCCCUCUCUCAAAUGAGUGAAGAAAAUGACGGUUCCUGUGCAUAGAGAUGUGUCAUCUGAUGAUCAGCUGAACUUUAUUAUUUCUAAUGCAUUCAUCAUUUUCACUUCUC